AUGUUCGGGCUUCCUGGAAAGAUCAUGCUCACAGGCUUACUUUCAGGAAGAUUCAAAUGUUAUGGUAGUUGUCAACACAUAAAAAGCCGUUAUGGAGCCGGAUACACCUUACUUGUGCGAAUGAGGCGGUAUGAAGAUGCUGAAGGAAUCAAAAGUGCAAUACAGCGGACUUUUCCUGGAGCAGUUUUGAAGGAGCAUCACCUUCUUCAACUGAACUACGAGCUGCAAAAACGCGCCGGUAUGACAUGGUCAUCGUUGUUCGACAAGAUGGAAGAACUUUCACAAGAGUUCAAUUUUGAGGACUAUUCUUUGAGUCAAACAACGUUAGAACAGGUACUUCUUGUCGUGUCAUAA